AUGACGUCGAGCAAGAGACAAACCUACAACUUUGCUCUGCAAAAGUAUCUUCUGCUGCAGGAGCAGCAUGAAGAGCUCUCUAGCCAUCUCGAACAAAUACGACCGCGGAAGGACUCACUGAGGAGCGCCUCAACUCGAUCAUCCAGCACAUCGUCCAUGUCGACGUCGCCUAGACGACACUCCGAGAGCGGUGAACGUCAACAUGGUCGCACUCGAGCCCACGGUGGCCGGAACACGCCUGGCGCCGGCUCACUAGACACAAUUCUGGAUGAAGAAACAAUACAUGCCAUUUCAGCCGAGGAGCAGCGUCUGUUCGACGUCAAUGAGAGUAUCAAACGCGCAUUGACAGAACUCCUCAACUAUGACGCAGUCCGUGGCGACCACACCAUGCGCAUGUGGGCACAAGCCAGGCUUAUGGAGACGGAGAAGGAACUUCGCUCAGGCCGGCGGCGCAGGAGCUCGCCUUGCAUGGAGUGA